AGCAAGAAGAAGCGAACGCUCUAGCUCAGUUUGCCACAAUCACAAUUUCAUUCUUUAGUUUUUUGGGUUUUCCGUUACAAACAACACAAGAAAGAAUAAAAACUAUCAAAUGCUAAACAAAGUAGGCCAAAAUACACGCAGCUGCAAAAGUUUUACGUCAAUUAAAGGUCUGUGCGCAUCAAUAAACGACGUUCAGUUAUUUACCGAAAACGGUACUCACAACAACAACUGAUGUCCGACCAACGUUCACACACAAAUAAUAUACAUACAAAAGAUACGUAGAUACGUGGGUGAAGCAACAGCAAACAAACUGAAACCGAAUUUUAAACCGUAACCGAUUCUUCCAAGCCAGCAGCUGUGCACACAGCUCUACGUCACCUACACAAACACACAUAUAUUUGUAUAAAUAUAUAUAUAUAUAUAUAUCCAUAUAUAUAUAUAUAUAUAUUAUUGUAUUCACUCACGACCACCGAUUGUGCACACAUGGAUUUAUCAGCAUCAACUUCAAGUGACUCGACAAUGGGUACUCCGGAGCAGAAGAGCAAAUCGUAUAUUGGCGAUAGCACGUUCUAUGACAGUGCUCUGGAUCAUCAGCUAUCCACAACCAACUACAGAUCCUGCAAUGAAAGCCUUAAUGGAGACUUAAAUCAAAGCGCAGGACACACCAAUUAUGCACACAAAAUGUUAAACGUCGAGAAUUUUGAUGCCCACAACGGCAAUGCCAUGGGCAAUGGGAACGAGGCAGCUAAUUAUAAUACCUAUGCCCCGCUUUCAGCUGCUCCUAUCUCGCACACACCUAAUGCUGCGGCCAUAAAUGCCAGCAUGCUGUUAAUACAAUCCGAGAGCACAGAUACGAAUACAUCGCAGGAAGAGGUCGAUCCAAAGUCUCAGCUGGCCAAUAAGACAAUAUUUAAGACCGAUAAUCCCAAUUUGUCAAUUAUAGAAAUUAAUGAGAACUCCAUUAAGGAGGAGGAUCUAGAGAAAGAGGUGGUGCUAAUCGAGCGCCUCUCGACCGAUCAUAACGACGAGGCCGUCGAAAAGUUUAAGAACAUACUGAGAAAGUCGCCCAACAAAGUGCCGGACAUUGCAACAGAAAAGCGACGCCGCAAAGCCGACACCCUGCUGCAGUCAAGCAAACAAAAAUUGGACAUAUCUAUAGCUGAAGCAUCCGCAGCAGCGGACGGAGUCAGCGACACGCAACUGCAGUUAGCGGAGCCAGCGGCUACAUCGAACAGUGAUCAGCCGCAAACCAAGCGCGAAAUCGUCAUCUACGAUACUUUGGAGGAAUUCGAUCAAAAUUUACCCUCGACGGUUACCCUGUUGAAUACACCAUUUGGCAGCAAGGUCUACCUUGUGGGAACGGCACACUUUAGCGAGGAGUCCCAGGAUGACGUCUCUUAUGUCAUUCGCAAUGUCCGUCCAGAUGUGGUCAUGGUUGAGCUAUGUCCAUCCCGUGUACACAUACUCAAGCUCGAUGAGAAGACUCUGUUAGAGGAGGCCAAAAACAUAAAUAUACCCAAGAUACGCGGCAUACUCCAGACCCAUGGCUAUAUCAAUGGCAUCUUCUUUAUUCUGCUGCUGCAGAUGAGCGCACAAAUUGCCAAGGAUCUGGGUAUGGCCCCAGGCGGUGAGUUUCGACGCGCCUUCGAGGAGAUACAUAAGCUUCCCGGCUGCAUUUUGCAUCUGGGAGAUCGACCCAUACGCAUCACACUUUAUCGUGCUUUGCGCGCCCUUUCGUUGUGGCAAACCAUGAAACUGGUUUGGCGUCUGACCUUUACGGAUAGUAUCAGCAUUGAGGAGGUGGAGGAGUGCAAGCAGCGUGAUCUGCUGGAGAAACUAAUGCAGGAAAUGGCUGGCGAAUUUCCAGCCUUUUCGGAUGUGUUCGUACGCGAACGAGAUCUCUAUUUGUGUCACUCACUGCAAUUGGCUGCACUGCCGCAGGCGGCGCCAGGUGCCCAUCAGGUGCGUCCCGUGCGUGUCGUUGGCGUUGUAGGCAUUGGACAUGCCAAUGGUAUUGCAAAAAUGUGGGGCCAAGUGGAUCCCGAGAAGAUACCGGCCAUACUUGAAAUACCACCGGCCAGCCUCAGUCAGCGGCUCUGCAAGAAUACCCUCAAGUAUGGCCUCAUCGGACUGGGCUGCUAUGGCGCCUUUCGUUUUGUGAGGCCGCGUCUGACGCGUUUCUUUUAAGUUGAUUGUGGACCAUGUUUCUCGAUUUUGUUGACUUUGUUUCUCGAUUUUAAGUGACACGCCCGCAUCAAUUAUGGGCGUUGACGAUAUGAUAAGUAUUGUGAGUACUUGAUGCUUUUGAUAGAAAGUGUUUACAACACAUAAAUAUAUAUAUAUAUGUGUGCAAAUCAAAAAAAAAAGACAUUCAAACAUAUUCCUGGUUUUAAAAACCCAACAAACAAAAUACAAAACUAUUGAAAAGAGAAUUCAUACGCACAUGUACAUACCACUAUAUAAUGUACUUGGCUUGGAUAAAGACACUGCGACUGUGAAUACGAUUAUAUCAAUUCAGAUUCAAUUGUUUUACAAAAAGAUUUAAUUUUAAAUUGUCAAAACAUCACACACUCAGAAUUAGUCAUGAGUCUUAUUUUUUUUAAAUGUCCGGUUAAUUAAGCUUCGUAAUUGCAUAUGUACAUGGUUUCCUGGCAGGCUUAGAAAAAACCUAACUAAAAAAAAAACAAUUUAAAUGUUAAUUGUAUAAAAAAAAGAAGUUAUUUUUAAACAAAGCUCUAAAUGUGAACGUGCCCGUGCCCGUCUGCCUGAAGCAGUUACAAUACUUUAUCUUCGACUUAAUCUACGUAUGUAAAUGUUGUUCAUUCCGUAGUAAAAACUCUGAAAAUUUAGAUGGUAACGCUUAAAAUUAAGUGUAAACGUGAUGGACCUUCGAUAUUGAAAGUAUGACCGUGUGUUAAAUGUUGCAUAUUAUAUUGACGACUUUUACAAUAAAAAAGAAAAAACAAAAACCUACCUAGAAAUACUUUAUUAACAAUAACCCAAACAUUUGAACUGUAUCGUAAAAAUGGUAUUACAAAUACAAGCCAAAUUGUUUUUGA